AUGCAGGAGGAUUAUCCAUAUGUCCCCGGAGACUGUUACUACCUCAGCUAUCUCGAAGGGGUUCCUGGGUCCAUGGCCACCCUGGACACCUGCUCUGGGGGCCUUCGUGGCAUGCUGCAGGUGGAUGACUUGACUUAUGAGAUCAAACCUCUGGAGACAUCUUCCAAAUUUGAGCAUGUGGUUUCUCUGCUUCUGUCAGAAAAAAAUACAGUGGGGGCUGAAAGUUGCACAAUUGAAGGGGAAAACCUGCCAUGGAAGUUCUACUUCAAACUAUACUGUUUCUUGGACACAGACAAUGUGCCAAAAGACAGCGUGGAUUUCGCGUUUAUGUUUGAGCAGGUCCACGAGGCGGUGAUCCACGACCACUACCUGGCCCCGGAGGAGAACCUGCAGGUGCUGGCCGCCCUGCGGCUCCAGUUGGGCGAUCACAUGCCGCACACAGCCCUGCCGGCCCUGGAGGAGGUGUACUGCCUGCAGAGGCUCCGAGCCCGCAUCAGCCAGUCCACCAAGACCUUCAGCCCCGGCGAGCGUCUGGACAGGCGGCAGACCAGCUUCCUGGACGGCACGCUGCGCCGCAGCUUCCGCACGGGCUCCGCCCUGUGGCAGAAGGCCGAGGAGGAGCAGAUGGUGGACAUGCGGGUCAAGGAGGAGGUGUGCUCUGCGCGGGCCAGCAUCGUCGACAAGUGGAAGAAGCUCCAGGGCCUGAGCCAGGAGCAGGCCAUGGUCAAGUACAUGGCCCUGAUGAAGGAGUGGCCUGGGUAUGGGUCCACGCUCUUCGACGUGGAGUGCAAGGACGGCGGCUUCCCGCAGGAGCUCUGGCUGGGCGUCAGCGCCGUCGCCGUGUCCGUGUACAAGCGCGGCGAGGGGUGGCCGCUGGAAGUCUUCCAGUACGAGCACAUGCUGUCCUUCGGGCCCCCCCUGGCAAACACCUACAAGAUCGUGGUGGAUGAAAGGGAGUUGCUCUUCGAGACCAGCGAGGUGGUGGACGUGGCCAAGCUCAUGAAGGCUUACAUCAGCAUGAUCGUCAAGAAGCGUUACAGCUCCACACGCUCCAUCAGCAGCCACGGCAGCUCCAGGUGA